AGAGAGAGAGAGAGAGAGAGAGAGAGAGAGAGAGAGAGAGAGAGAGCAAGGGAGUGAGUCUGCGGAGAGUGCGACGCUCUUGAGCAACCGGGGAUUACCCUGAUAAAGCCUCCCGCAAGAUGAGAGACACCAUGGUCUGGAAUACAGUAACAAAACCCGAGAGGAGUAUGGAAUUAACUAAGUGGGUGUGAAGACCACCUGCCAUCUGUGCCGUGUAUUUCAACUGAUUCGGAGAAAACCACUCUAAAUUACCCCAUCUCAUAAAUUUUAUUUAUUUAUUUAUUCCAUUCGGUUUUCCGUUUUCUUUCCAUUAAUUUAUUUUUACAUGUAUAUAUGCUUUCCUUUUUCUGCUGCUGUGGGAACCGCUCACUACGUUUUCUCCGAGUCUCCUAUAUCUGAGACGUCUCAGGGAUGGGAAACUUCAUUUGGAUCUACGAAGCGGUCUGCAAAAUACCCAAUAACUACUGCUAACAGAGAUCAGGACAAAUGACAUAGGAUGAACACUGCUCAUCUCUUCUUAUUGUUGUUGCUGUCAUCCCUACUUGCACUAGCUGCGAGCUUGGAGCUGCUGAGUCAGAACGUGUGUGCAGCGCUGGUCACAGGGGUACUCUACGGCUCCUUCUCACUCAAAGACAUUUUUCCUAAGAUUGCAGCUGGCUGUUCCUGGACUUUGGAGAAUCCCGACCCCACCAAGUACUCCUUAUAUUUGAAAUUUAACCGAGAAGAGAACAUCUGCCUCCACUUCUCCCCUAUGGUGUUGCCACUAGACCACUACCUCUCAAACCAGACCUGCACCCAGUUGGAUUACAUUGACUACGAAGGUGUGGAACUGUGUGAUUCCAGAGGUCCUUACACUUUCCUGCAGUUUGAUAAGAACUUUGUGCAGCUCUGCUUGACGACUGAACCUGAGCAUUUGCAAAAGUUCAGCGAUGACAUUUUGGAUUUCCACUUGGUGGAGGUGCUGCUGAUCAACAAUGAGAACUCCAGCCACUUCACCUGUGGGGUCUUAUGCCGAUGGUUUGAGGAAUGCCUAGGUGUUGACAGAAAGAGUGAACGCUGUGGUAUUACUCAGACUGGUUGCAUCUGUCCUGAAGCAGAGCCGCCUCCUGUUUCAUUGCCCGCUGUGCACCAGAAUGAUUCAAUUUCCAAUGUGAUCCUCUCCCCUCCCAGCAGUGAUUGCUGUGUCACAGAAUUGCAUUCCAAGAAUGCGAAUGAUAUAAACCCUAGGGACAUCAGCUAUGAUCACGAGCCAGAUGAUGACCAGAAAGUUAAGACUCAGCGGCCACGAUCAGCUGACCAGCCUGGCAUCUUUCAGGCCCAGACAGGAGACCCAGCUGCGGAGGAGUGGUCACAGUGGAGCGUGUGCUCUCUGACCUGUGGGCAGGGCUUGCAGAUCAGAACACGCUCCUGUGUUUCUUCACCUUAUGGGACACUUUGCAGUGGCCCUCUGAGAGAAAGUAGACUUUGCAACAAUACAGCAACCUGCCCAGUUCACGGGCUGUGGGAGGAAUGGUCUCCAUGGAGUUUGUGCUCUGUUACAUGUGGGAGAGGGUCCAGAACAAGGACACGGACCUGCGUUGCUCCACAGCAUGGAGGGAAGGCCUGCGAGGGCCCAGAGGUGCAAACUAAACUCUGCAAUAUCGCUGUGUGCCCUGUGGAGGGGCAGUGGUUGGAGUGGGGUCCCUGGACUAGGUGUUCAGCGACCUGUUCGAAUGGCACGCAGCAGCGCACACGGAGGUGCAAUGUCUCUGUUCAUGGCUGGACGGAAUGCAAAGGUCCCCAUGCGGAGACCCGGGAAUGUGCUAGUGCAGCCUGCCCAGCUGAAGGUAAAUGGGGUCCCUGGAACCAUUGGAGCCUGUGCUCUAAGACCUGCGAUAAAGGGUGGCAGCGACGAUUUCGCAUGUGCCAAGGCACUGGAGUUCAGGGGUACCCCUGCGAGGGCUCUGGAGAAGAAGUACGCAACUGUAAUGACAAAAAGUGCCCAGCUUCCCAUGAGAUAUGCAAGGAUGAAUAUGUCGCGUCCCAGACCUGGAAGAGAGCUGCCGCUGGGGAAAUUGUUUACAACAAGUGUUCAUCAAACGCAACAGGGUCUGCAAGCCGCCGGUGUUUGCUGGACACUAAAGGAGUUGCUUACUGGGGUCCUCCGAGCUUCGCCCGAUGCAUCUCGCACGAGUACAGAUUCUUACAUAUAUCACUUCGAGAGCAUCUUGCGAAGGGUCAGAGGACCCUAGCUGGAGAAGGUAUGUCUCAGAUCGUGAAGAGUCUCCUAGAGUUAAUGUCCCAAAAAAGCUACUAUAGCGGUGACCUCUUGUUCUCAGUGGAGAUUCUCCGAAAUGUGACCGACACCUUCAAGCGAGCAACUUACACACCGUCUCCAGAAGACGUGCAGAGAUUCUUCCAGGUAGUUAGCUACAUGUUGGACAUAGACAACAAAGAUAAAUGGGCCGAUGCACAGCAGGUCGCUCCAGGCUCUGUGCAAUUGAUGAAGGUUGUGGAAGAUUUUAUACACUUGGUUGGUGAUGCUCUGAAAGCCUUCCAGAGCUCUCUCAUUGUCACCGAUAAUCUGGUCAUCACCAUUCAGAGGGAACCGGUGUCUGCUGUCUCCAGUGACAUUAACUUUCCAAUGAAAGGCAGAAGGGGCAUGAAAGACUGGGCCAAAAAUUCGGAAGACAAACUAUUUAUUCCCAAAGAGGUGUUUACCCUCUCAUCAGCAGAGUCAGAAGAUGCCUCAAACUUUGUAAUAGGAGCUGUUCUGUACCGCACACUGGGAAUGAUUCUGCCAGCACCAAGAAGUCCACUGGUAAUUAGUUCCAGAGUACUAGCUGUCACCGUCAGGCCCCUUCCCAAGCCACAGGAGCCACUGGUCAUGGUGGAGCUGUCACCAGUUUUAAAUGGUACGACUGACCCUCAAUGUGCAAUCUGGGACUUUUCCAAGACGGAGGUUGGCACAGAAAACUGGGACACUCAAGGCUGCCAAACCAUCCGAUUUCAUUCUGUCCACACCAAAUGUCUCUGUGAACACAUCUCCACCUUUGCUGUCUUAUCCCAGCAACCUAAAGAUCUGGAUAUGGGUCCAUCAGGCUCACCAUCAGUUGCUCUCAUGAUAGGUUGUGCGGUCUCUUGCUUGGCUCUGCUCACUCUGCUCGCUGUCUAUGCUGCAUUUUGGAGGUAUAUAAAAUCGGAGCGAUCAAUCAUUCUGCUCAAUUUCUGUCUAUCCAUCCUGGCUUCCAACAUCCUCAUUCUCGUGGGUCAGUCGCAGACACUCAGCAGGGGUGUGUGCACAAUGACAGCGGCCUUCCUCCAUUUUUUUUUCUUGUCAUCUUUUUGUUGGGUGCUAACGGAAGCAUGGCAGUCCUAUCUGGCAGUGAUUGGGAAGAUUAGGACCCGACUAAUUCGCAAGCGUUUCCUGUGCCUUGGCUGGGGUUUGCCAGCAUUAAUAGUUGCAGUCUCUGUUGGGUUUACCAGAGCAAGUGGAUAUGGUACAGCAAGUUACUGCUGGCUUUCCUUGGAAGGUGGGCUGCUAUAUGCAUUUGUUGGUCCUGCUGCUGUCAUUGUUCUGGUCAACAUGCUGAUCGGAAUUGUGGUCUUUAACAAGCUUAUGUCUAGAGAUGGAAUUUCAGAUAAGUCUAAAAAGCAGCGUGCAGGUGCGGCGCCUGAGCCCCGUAGCAGACUGCUUCUCAAAUGUUCCAAGUGUGGGGUUAUCUCAAGCACAGCUUUAUCUCCCGUCACCGCCAGCAACGCCAUGGCAUCACUCUGGAGUUCAUGUGUGGUGCUGCCUUUGCUGGCCCUCACUUGGAUGUCUGCUGUCCUUGCGAUGACGGAUCGACGCUCCAUCCUGUUUCAAGUUCUGUUUGCUGUCUUUGAUUCGGUUCAAGGUUUUGUCAUCAUCACUGUCCACUGUGCACUGCGUAGAGAGGUUCAAGAUGUGGUUAGGUGCCGCAUGGGCAUUUGUAAAACUGAGGAAAGUGAAAAUUCUCCAGACUCCUGCAAGAAUGGCCAGGUACAAAUCAUGACAGAUUUUGAAAAGGAUGUGGACCUGGCUUGUCAAACAGUCAUUUUCAAAGAAGUUAAUACUUGUAACCCAGCAACAAUCACAGGAACCCUUUCUCGUAUCUCACUGGAUGAUGAUGAAGAUCCCAAACUUAAUACUAACAUGGAAGGUGUAAAUUUCUCCAGCCUUCCAGGCAAUAUCCCUCCAUCUAACAUCUUGGUGCAGGUCCCUCAGCUAUCAGGUUUAAAUGAGCUGAAAGAACAGACACUCAAGAAAGAUGUCAAUUUGGACUCCAGGAGCACCAUGUAUCUUUGCACUGACAGCAACUUGCGCUCCAUUGACCUGAACUGGGCAAGACUGCAGGAACCUAAUGCAGAAGGAGAUUAUAUGGUCCUGCCACGGAGGACAGUUAGUCUGAAGCCAUUUGCAAAAGAUGAUGGAAAGCCGCUCAACAUCAAGAUGGAAGACUCUAGCCAGCCCCCCUUGGGCCACCGUCCAACUGAGACAGAAGUGUACCCCAAUUUUGUCUCAGUGGAUCAUAUCAAUAUGAACCUGAACCAGUCUUAUGGCACUCUUAAGCAUCCUCAUGGGCUGCAGUUUAAGCAGCACCCAUCUGUGCGACAGAUCCUGGCCUCUGAGCUUGGAGACAAGAGUAGGACCAUGCCUCGUAGCAUGGCUGGCUCCACCUUGUCUGUUGGCUCUUUGGAAAGAAAAAGAGUACGGUACUCUGACUUGGAUUUUGAGAAAGUGAUGCACACGCGGAAACGUCACUCAGAACUGUACCACGAACUGAAUCAAAAAUUUCACACAAUUGAUCGGUACAGAGAACCAGCAGCACCCACCUUUAAGAGAGAAAAGCGAUGGAGCAUUUCGUCAGCAGGAGGUGAAAAAAACUCUUCAAGUGACAAGUCCACUCCAGAGGAGCAGCAGUCAUGGGACAGCUUUAAAAUGAUGACCUUAAACACAUCACAGCCCGCACGUAAAGACAAAUUGGAAAUGCACUGCAGAGACUGGGAAAAGCCCCGUGCAGUCCCCCUGGACACAACAGAAGGGGAUUUUCAAACAGAAGUUUAGGAUAAAACUUUGAUCAAACAAUCAAUAAACUGAAGAAAUAAAAACUUUUUAACUUCCAAUGGGGAGUAGAAAAUAAAAGAAAAAACUGCAUUCUAUAUUUUCACACUGACACUUUAACAAAAAAAAAAAAAAAACUUUUUAAAAUUUCUGAGAUGUCUUGUUUUUCUUCUAAAUAAUUUCUUCACCAGUUUGAAAAAAAGGAAUAUUUCUGUACCAUUCUUUUCUAGAGCUUUUCUCACUUUAAUGUGACACAUGUUGAAGCCAUUUUAGUUUUACCCAUUUUUUAUUCCUCUCAUAGUGGAUGGAUUGACAUUUUUUAUGUUGGGAAGGAGCAAUGAACCAACAUUAAGAGUUUAUUAAUAAACAAAUUCAGUUCACAGACUCCAAAGGCACUAAAACUUGCUGUUAUAUGUUCACCAUGUCACUUUUUUGGGACUGUUUUUAUUUUAUAUUUUUCCUUAGAUUUGGAACUAAACCACAGUAAAAGGGAAAUCAAUUGUUAUUUUGUAUCUUUUCCUUUUGACCAAUUUAUGCAGUUCUUUUACUUGCUAUAUGAGGUUAUGGUUUCUGGGGUUACAGACUUUUCAAAUGCCUGAACAUUCUAACCUAGUCCAGUUUUAAUUGGUAUUUUCUUGGGAAAAACACAAUUAAACCAAUUUGCACUAAAA